GGAGCAGCUUGUGUGGCUGUUGUUCCUGGCUUUGAGGGGUGCCCCGCCCACUGGUCACCCACUGAGCUUGGGGCGGGGCUGCCUUGGCCUGCGGAGAGAGGGCCACGCCAGCGGAAGGACUGCCUGAGCUGGGAGGUGGCUGGACUAGCUUCACUACACAGACUCCAGCGUCCCCGCCCCUUCCGUCUCCUCCACCUGGCCUGGAGCCCUCGUUUGGAAUUGACCUUUUAGACACUCUAGGUGGAGACAGUAGUCAAGAUGGCUAGGAACACCUCACCAUCACCUGCCCCCAGUGUUUUCGCAGACUGUUCUGUGCUCUCAGGCAAGUUACUGCGGGUGGAAAGGAGGAGGGGAAGUCGAACAACCAUGUGGGCUAUUUCUAACAGAAGAGGGUCUUGCCAUGUCCCGUCUAGUCCUCUUGACAGGCUGGAACCACAAUCCUUUGUGCCCAACUUAAGCCGUUUUUCCAGCCUGACCUCUAGAAAUGACUUGCCCAUCCUCCACUGGUUCCUUAGAGCUGUUAGGCAGCCAGGGCCUGGAGGAAGACUGCAGAUAGCACCUUGGCUUCACACCCCCCACCCCUUUAUCUGUUAAGUAGAACCUGAGUUUUAUCUCUCGCUGCUAUUGAUACCAUCUACAUUUGGAUAGCUAAAUAAUUGAUUUAUGGGGCCUCUGAGUAGGGGAGUGGUGCCCUCAGCCUCUCCCAUCCUAAUUUGUACUUUGUCCUGAGAGACUGAAGGUGUCCUGCCUCUGCUGUCCUUGGCUCAUUUCCCUGUUGGCCUCUGUGGCAUAGUCUUCCCUGAGACCAUCCUGUGGCUCCCUGAGGGGUUUUGUGGCAAGAAGCAACUGAAGGAAUCUUUCCCUCUCCUACACUUUCCAGGAAUUCCUGGAGAAUCAGAGAGUGACCCAGGGCCCCCAGAACAUUGCUGGUGAGGGAAUAAGCCACCCUGUGUGGGUGAGUGAGUCUUAUCUCCUCAGCUAGACCGGCCUGGCCUGGCCUGACCUCUGAGGAGGCUCUAAACAGCAGCUGGCUGGAUUCCUGGGUAUUUUUAGCUACACAGAUCCAGCUCCACCAUCACCAUGAGAGCUGGGUCCAAAUCCAGCACUCCAGGCCUGCUAGUCCUGGGGUUCUGCCAGCCUCCUGUUGAAGCUGGGGUGGGUGGGUAGGGCAGGCUGGAACCAGUAGCGGCGUGUACCCUGAACCCACCUGAGCCAGAAUCAUUCGCUUUCAGUCACUUCCUCUCUGAGGCCUCCUGCAGACUUGCUCUGAGGAUGAAGAGUGCAGACACAGGUCUCGGGGAUCUGUGGAAAGUCGGGAGCCCUCUCUUGGCUAUAUGUAGCAGAACAAGCACUUUUUCCUUCUAAGUGAAUUUUCUCCCCUGGCACAUGUAGCCAGCCAGCCUCCCUGGCUCUGGACCAAGCUCAAAGAAACCUUGCAAAGGUAAGUGGGUCCCAACACCCUCCGAGCCAUCCCCACCUUUGUGAUCCACCCUGGAGUGGCCUGCUCUAUGUUCUCUGGGGAACUUUGCCUUUGGCAUACUGUCCCUCUUUUUUUUUUUUAAUAUUUAUUUAUUAUGUAUACAGUAUUCUGUCUGUGUGUAUGUCUGCAUGCUAGAAGAGGGCACCAGACCUCAUUACAGAUGGUUGUGAGCCACCAUGUGGUUGCUGGGAAUUGAACUCAGGACCUUUGGAAGAGCAGGCAAUGCUCUUAACCACUGAGCCAUCUCUCCAGCCCCCCUUUUUUUUUUUGAUUUUCGAGACAGGGUUUCUCCGUAGCCUUUUGGUUCCUGUCCCGGAACUAGCUCUUGUAGACCAGGCUGGCCUAGAACUCACAGAGAUCCGCCUGCCUCUGCCUCCGAGUGCUGGGAUUAAAGGCGUGCGCCACCACCGCCAGGCUUUGUCCCUCCUUUUUUGUUUUGGUUGUUUGUUUGCUUUUUGAGACAUUCUUCUGUAGCUUUGUGGCCUGUCCUGAAACUAGCUCUUGUAGACCAGCCUGGCCUUGAACUCAGAGGUCCACCUGCCUCUGCCUCCCAGGAGCUGGGAUUAGAGCUCCCACCAAGGGUUUUUUUCUUUUUCUUUUUUUUAAGCAUCCUCAAAGGGCCACUAAGAUAGCGCAGCCCUUCCUCCCUUGCCUGGUUUUGACAGGAAUCAUCUGUUGACUCUUUGUAGCCAGCCCUCCUUGCCCUUCAACCAACAGUCAGGUUCUCCCUGAUAUAACUGUUACCUUGACAACCCCUUGGGCCUGUUUCCCCCUCACCACUGAAACCUGAAGAGGGUUUUCAAGCUACAGUACAUGUGCCCAAGUUGGGCACCGCUACUGCUUCCAUUGGCACAUCUUCUGCCCAACUGUACCCAAUAUAACAAACACAGCCUCCCUGGUCCCUUAGCUGAUCUCACUGGUGCUGGGAACUCCUGUCAAACUGCUUCCUCCAGACUGCCUCCCCCACAGGCAGGAACAUGGUUUCUUCUCAAUAAACAAGUUGUAAGAAAGGAAUGAACGACUUGCUGGAUUUUUGUCUAAGGGGCCCUCCUUGAUCCAGUGACAAGAGGCCUCUGCCCUAAAGCUGGAGGUUGAUCGAGGUUUUCACUCUUCCGGUCCAUGUUGGCUUUUGAGUUUCCGCGAGCGGUCGCUGCUGCCCUCUGGUGGUAGGGCUUUGCCUUGCGUCUCCUGGAGGAAAGGGGAGGGGGCGGGAAAACGAGAAGAAACCCUGACAUUUAUGGAACCUCCCGGAUCGGUAGUUUACUCCACAAAGCGAAAUUUCCUGAGUGCUUGCGGAGAACUUGCAAAUUAGGUUUCGUCUGGGUGGGGAGGGUCAAGAAGAUCCCUGAGCCCUGCUAAACUCCAGCUUGGAGGUUCGCGCUCAUGCUGGCAGGCUGCAAGGAUCCCACUCCCUGACCACUGGCCUGCUUUUAGAAGUAGAUCCUCAGCUCAUAGUAACGGGAAAAUGUCACAGUGACAUCAGCCAACUGUAUCGCUAGUACUUGUUUGUAUUAAGCUCUCGGCCAAGAGCUACUUGAAUGGUGAUGGGAGUGGAAUUCCUGGGGUGAAAGACACGGAGCCAGAGGACACCAGAACGCUUCUUGGUGGAGAUGGGGACUAUAGGUUUCCAAAGUUUAAGGAAGGGCCAGGUGCUCUCGACCUGUCAGAGUCACGACAGUGUCACUUAGGUUCACCCCUCUAAGCCUUGCUAGAUACUACCUAUGUAUUUUGAGUCAGUCCUGGAAAUAGGCUGUUCACCUGAAGUCACUGCAGAAGGCGUUUCCCGGCAGGGGGCGCUACGGUUCCACGGUGCGGGUCAACAGAACAUCCGAGUAGAGACGGGAAGAGAGCAGAAUUCCUGUAUUCCCACACUGACGAGGGCCAGGCGCAAACUAUGUGGACACACACAACCCACGUUCUGGUGUCUUCUCGGGAACGAGCCGCGGGACUACAACCCGGAGGAAAACAGGCCACACUGGCCGACUAGCUGCAAGGGCUGGAUGCGAACCUGGUUGCCGGGUACAGCCCCCAAUUAAGGAGUCUACGGGGGGGGGGGUGAAGCUGGCCAAUCAAAGAGUCCUCGCUAGGAGGCGGAGCCUGCCAAUCAAGGGCUGUCGGUGUGAAGAGGCAGAAACCACGAAUCUAACAGAGCUGGGGGUGUGCAGGCACACGUGGUGAAGGGGAUGCGCUGCGCUUGCGGUUCAGCAUCCGGUUCCUCCGUUUUUUUCGUUUCCCCCGGGACUAAGACAAACACCCAGGGCUGGGAACGUAGCAGAGUAAUUGUGGCAACGAGGGGAACCCGGGAGGCUGCCUGGCAGAAGUGGCGACAGCUGCCCGAGGGCGGAGCCUCGUAGCCCCGCCCUGCCGCCCCGCCCCCGCCCUGUCGCUCAACUGGGCUCUGGCCAGAGCGCAGCAUCCAGCGCGCUGCGGGCUCCGGGCUAUGGACGCCCCAGGUGCCCCGGUCCCAGCCGCUGCCCCCAGCUCCGCAAGGAAGGAGCUGAAGAUAGUGAUCGUGGGUGAUGGUGGCUGCGGCAAGACGUCGCUGCUUAUGGUGUAUUGCCAAGGCUCCUUUCCCGAGGUGAGGCCCGGGCAGGAAGAUUAUGAUCGGCUGCGGCCCCUGUCCUACCAGAACACACACCUCGUUCUCAUCUGCUAUGACGUUAUGAACCCCACCAGCUACGACAAUGUCCUCAUCAAGUGGUUCCCCGAAGUAACACAUUUCUGCCGAGGGACCCCCGUGGUUCUCAUCGGCUGCAAGACAGACCUGAGGAAGGACAAGGAGCAGCUGCGAAAGCUCCGGGCAGCCCAGCUGGAGCCCAUCACCUACACACAGGGCUUGAGUGCCUGCGAACAGAUGAGAGCUGCGCUCUACCUGGAAUGUUCCGCCAAGUUUCGGGAGAAUGUGGAAGAUGUCUUCAGGGAAGCUGCCAAGGUGGCCCUCAGUGCCCUGAAGAAAGCACAAAGGCAGAAAAAGCGCAGGAUCUGCCUGCUGCUGUGACCUUGGGGCGCACAGCCCUGAGCAGAGCUGUCCGGGUUAGGGACCCAGGCCUCGGCUCCUACUGGGAUUUUAUCCCGUCAGAGCACUGGGGCUAGACUCUUGGAACAUUCUGGAACUGUUCCCUUUGGGUUCAUGCUAUGGUUCGAUGGUGAAUGAAGAUGCCAGACCCACCAGUGUCCCUCUCCCCUGGGGCUGACACUUGUUCCCAGGCUGCAGGAGGGCCCUCAGAACAGCUCUUCUCGCCCCAGCCAUGCGUGUUUCCCUUUCCAAAGCCAAUUCAUGCUUGAAACUCAGAAAGGCACGGAGAGUGUGGAGAAGUGUGGAUGUGCACUACUGCUCCCAAGUGUCCCAAGGCCACCGUUCCUCUGUCACCCUCCCUGAGCUCCUGAGAUAGCUUGGCUACAUCCUCCAUCCUCUUCCUCCUCCCCGCCAGGAACCGAGGGCCACAGCCUAUCAAGAGAACACAGGCAUCAAGCCGGACAUGGGCAGGCACCAGCUGUUCCUGCUGUACCACACUGAAGACUUUUGUCUUAGCCUGAGACACAUGUUCAGGGGAAGAAGAAACAAUCUCUUAAAAGGUCAAAAUAUACUCAGGCCUCCCAUCCGAUCCCUACCCCAGAUUUCACCUCCAAACCCGCAACUGACUUCCACUGGGGACUCCUGAUGGACAGUGCCUGCACCCCAUCAGAGACCUCAGGCGAAUGGACUCUCCCCUUAGACCAUCCCCAUCUGUAAGCGGCCAGGACUGGGUCAUCAUUCCACCCUAUUCAGUGUCUGCUUCUACCAGGAUGCGGGGCUCAGGAAUGGCCUGUCCCUGUCUCCUUCCAGAACUAACCUGCAGACCACCAAUGUCCACAACAGCAAGACUCCUGAGCUCUGAAAUUCCUUCCGGAAGGUCUAGACUCUGCAUUUCAGAACUUUUCAAGCCAAGUUUCCCAGGUGGUUUUAGUGCCCCCAAGAGGAAGUCAGCAUCCCCCAAGAAGAAACCAUGGCCUAGGCUGGCUCAUCUGUCCUAGGACCUCUUGACUCAGCCCCCAAAGUCAGGUUGCCAAGGAAAGGGACUUCUGGCCCCCUACCCCGCAAGUGCCCCAAGGCCCUGCUGUCCCCUGCAGAGCUAACCAAGGACCUCUUGGUCUCUCAGAAUCCAAGGCCUUGUAGAUAAAUUAUGAUGUAGGGCAGAGGUCAACAAACCACAGCCUGUGGGCCACACGUGGCCACUGCCUGUUUUGUAAAUAAAGUUUUAUUGAACUGCCA